AUGCUCUAUGAUAACCCAGAUGAGGGCCGGGGGGGGGCGCUGCAGAGCUCCCGCAGCCUGGACGCUCUGUCCGACCUGAAGCUGCAGCGCCUGGAGGCCGAGCUGGAGGGGGCCCGGCACCGGGAGGAGGGGGCCUGCCACCGGGAGGGGGAGCUGAGGGCCGAGCUCAAGAGGCUGCAGAAGGAGGUCGCAAAGCUGCAGGAAGCACAGAGACAGGCCCAGGAUCCCCCCCCACACUGUGAGCACUGCGACGUAGAGUGGAUAAAGAAGGCCGGGGACGAACAGGUUAACCUAGCAUUAGCCUACACAGAGCUAACGGAGGAGUUGGGUCGUGUUCGCAGUCUGGCUGUGAAACAGAGCGACCUUCUGCAGCACGUCUCACAGGAGCCUGGUAAACACCCCAGUGGAUUCUUGUGUAAUUAACUUCAUG